AUGUUGGGAAACAAGCUCAGCAUCACCGACGUGAAGGACAUCAAGGGGAAGAAGGUCCUAGUGCGCGUAGAUUUCAACGUGCCAAUUGAAAAUGGAGUGAUAAAAGAUACGAACCGAAUAACGGCUACGCUGCCCACGAUUCACCACUUGAAGAAGGAAGGAGCGUCUAAGAUUAUCCUCAUUUCGCAUUGCGGAAGGCCGGACGGUUGCAAGAAUCUAAAAUACACCUUAAAGCCCGUUGCAGAAACGUUAAAGGGAUUACUCGGCGAGGAGGUGCUUUUCCUGAACGACUGUGUAGGAGAAGAAGUACAAAAACAGAUAAACCAAGCCAAGGACAAUUCAGUCAUUCUUCUCGAAAAUCUGCGAUUUCAUCUAGAAGAAGAAGGAAAAGGGGUAGAUUCCUCUGGAAAUAAAAUAAAGGCAAAGAAAGAAGACAUAGAGAAGUUCCAAAAUGAAUUAACCAAAUUAGGAGACAUCUUUAUUAAUGAUGCUUUCGGAACAGCUCACCGGGCACACUGCAGCAUGGUUGGAGUGAAACUCAGUGUGAAAGCAUCUGGAUUUUUGAUGAAAAAAGAAUUAGAAUAUUUUAGUAAAGCUUUGGAAAAUCCACAGAGACCUCUACUAGCCAUUUUAGGUGGAGCCAAAGUAUCAGACAAAAUUCAAUUAAUAAAGAAUCUGCUAGAUAAGGUUGAUAAAAUGAUAAUCGGUGGAGGUAUGGCUUACACGUUUAAGUAUGUUUUGAAUAAUAUGAAAAUAGGAGAUUCACUUUUUGAUGAAGCUGGUAGCAAAAUUGUAAAUGAAAUUAUGGAGAAGGCCAAAGCGAAGAAGGUAGAGAUUUACCUCCCUGUCGAUUUUAAAGUGGCUGACAAAUUUGAUAAUAAUGCCAAUACUAAGAUUGUGACGGAGAACGAAGGCAUUGAGGAUCAUUGGAUGGGACUUGAUGCUGGACCUAAGAGUAUCGAAAAUUAUAAGGACGUCAUUUUAAGCUCCAAGACGAUUAUUUGGAAUGGACCCCAGGGGGUAUUUGAGAUGCCCAAUUUUGCCAAGGGUAGUAUUGAAUGCCUCAACUUUGUCAUUGAAGCUACGAAGAAGGGAGCCAUAACCAUCGUUGGUGGAGGAGAUACUGCUUCGCUAGUGGAACAACAACAGAAGAAGAACGAAAUUAGCCAUGUAUCUACCGGGGGAGGGGCUUCCCUUGAGUUACUAGAGGGGAAGGAGCUCCCAGAACCCUUCCAGUUCUCGAGCGCAGCCGAGCUGUUCGCCUUCAUACAGGACGAGAAGAAUGACGUGGAGAUAGUGGCGUGCAUCAUUAGCAACCUCCUGGGCAGUUUCUUCAAAUGCUUCUUCUAUGUGCCGGAAAUUUCUCUGGCCAAAUUGGAGAACGGCUUCCCUUUUGACGGGUCCUCCAUAAAGCUAUGCGCAGAUGCAGAGGUCAGUGACUUCUACAUAAAGGUGGACGUGUCCACGUGCUUCAUGGAGAAGUGUGACGGAAGGAACAUGCUAAAUGUAUUAUGCGACAUCAAGAGGUAUAACGGGUUUGACUACUACAAAUGUCCGCGAACCAUUUUGAAGAAGACGUGCAAUUUUGUCAAGAAGGAAAAUAUAGCAGACAGCAUAUUCAUAGGGAACGAAAUUGAGUUUUUCAUUUUCGACAAGGUGAAUUUUGGUCUCGAUGAUUACGACAGUUAUUUGAAGGUCUACGACAGGGAGGCUUUUUCCUGUAAAAAUGGUGGCAAUGGAAAUUCUACCACAAGUAAUGGAGAACAUGGUACUACAAUCAGCCUCGCCUGCCAGAACUGCGCUGGCAACAUUCCUACAAAUGAUGACAGCAAGAAGGUGAAAAAAAAAUGCGGUUAUUUUGCCACAGACCCAUAUGAUACUUCCAACAUGAUUAAGCUUCGAAUUUGUAGAAUCUUAAACAGCCUGAAUAUCCACGUGCAGAAAUAUCACCAUGAGGUUUCGACUAGCCAACACGAGAUAUCUUUGAGAUAUUUUGACGCUGUUAGAAAUGCAGAUAAUUUAAUCAUCACCAAACAGGUAAUAAAAAGUAUCGUUCACAAUUUCAACCGAACGGCUACCUUCAUGCCGAAACCUCUAGUAAGUGACAAUGGAAGUGGCCUACACUGCAACAUUUCCCUCUGGAAGGAUAACAAAAACAUAUUCUUUGCUGAUGACCCCUCCACCUUUUUCCUUUCCAAAGAGGCCUUCUAUUUUAUGAAUGGAAUUAUUAAACAUGCCAGAGCGUUACAGGCCUUUUGCAAUUCUACGAUGAAUUCGUAUAAAAGGUUAGUCCCAGGAUUUGAAACUUGCCAGAAGCUCUUUUACUCCUUUGGCUCCAGAAAUGCUGUUAUUAGGUUGUCUAUGAUUAAUUACAACAAUCCAAAUGAAAAGCGAAUUGAGUUCCGACUGCCUGAUUAUGCCAACUCGCCUCACUUAGUCCUGGCCGCCAUCAUCCUGGCAGGAUAUGAUGGUAUCAAAUCGAAGGAACAACCACUGGUGCCAUUCGAGAGUAAAGAUAACAACUUUUUUAUUUCCAGCAUUUUUUCUAAUUACGUUGAUAACACACAGAAUUUUAAAACUCUCACACAUGCACUGGAGGGCUAUGACAGCAUUCAUCAGAUGAAGAAGAGCCCAGAAUUUGUUAACUUCUUCACCUGCAAGGAGCCCGACAGCAUAUGCUUUUCUCUGGAGGCGAGUUUGGAUGCCCUGGAGAAGGACCACACCUUUUUGACGGUAGACGGAAUCUUCACGGAGGAAGUCAUUGAGGAGUAUAUAAAGUUCAAGAGGGACGAGAUAGCGGGCUACAGAAAGAAGAUCACUCCGUACGAUUACUAUUUAUAUUACGACUGCUAG